AUGAACGACGGCUCGACAGUUGAUGCAAACUUGCAAAGGAAAUACGACGCUGAAGCUGAAGUCCUGAACCGUCAUCACAAUUCUCAGUUUCUCUCUAUCGCACCAAAGAAUAACCGAGACAAAGAACAUUUGUCUUUUGGUGGUUGGUUUACUGUUUGUGACUGCAUACCGACUCAUUUGGAUAAAAAACAAAAAGAGGCUUCAACAAAUGGUUCUAAGCUCUUACCACCUCUUCAUCAAAACCGUACUUUCAACUUUUUUUUUAUUAGAGUAUUAUUAAAACAGUUGUACUGGAGAGCACCUCUAACCACCUUUUCCACUGAGCUUAUUAUCGUUCUCGGUAGUCUCUUUGAUGUCUCCGGCGUUAUCAUUCUCGUUAGUCCAUGUGGCUAUUCCAUGUCUGAUUCCUUCAUCGUCCAAAUUUGGGCAAGCAACAAAAUACACAAGGAAGAAAGACCGUGUGUCGGAAAAUGGGAUGUGAAAUCAAUGCUCACAUCUUCGUCGGAGCUUUGUGGUCCAGAAGAAUGCAAUACUCAAAUGCCUCGCCACAUCAAAUUCGACUUCUGA